AACUCCACCUCGCCGUCCUGAGCCACAGGCACAACCCCUGAAGAGAAACCCACCCCACAAGUGAGUGAUCUCAAAGGCUUGAACUCCAACCAAGCUGCAUGAGCUCAGAGCUGCAGGGCUGAGCUGUCCCGGCCGGAUCUGCUGCGCUGCGAGCAGGCAGCGCUGAUUUUUUGGGAAUUCUCCGAGCCAUGGAGUGGAGGCAGCUCCUCUGCAUCUCUGUCUGCCUGCUGGAGCUGGCUGGCUGUGCUGCACAGACCACGACAGACACCCCCACACCAACAGGCACGGCUGGGACACCCGGGGACAGCAGCAGUGACACAGCCAGCAAUGCCAGCACACCCAGCACGGCCACAGGAGACACCAGCAGUGCCACAGCAACCUCUGCUGGAGCCACAGCCGGGCCUGUGGCCACCAAAGUGACAUCAACAGAGAGCUCUGGGCAGGAGGGGAUGAGCCCCCAGCCCAGCACAUCCCCCACAUCGCUGACAGUCACCCCCAUGAAGCCAGACAGGACCCCGGGGGUCUCCACAACCCAGAGCCCCCCAGGGACCCAGCCCAAGGACGGGGCACACACCCUGGUUCCCACGGUGGCCAGGACCAGCUCUGCGGCCACCCAGGAGCAGCGUGCGGUGACAAAUGCCACCACAGCCCUGCACAGCCCUGAGCCUACCCUCCCUGCCAUCCAGUGUCACACGGCCAGAGGCGAGGGGGACACCGGAGCCAUCUGCCUGCAGCUCAACCAGUCCAGCUCCUGCGAACAAUUUUUAGGCAGCAAGGGGUUUGAUUUAUUUCAAGCAAUAUGUGGAAAUAGAAGCCAGAGCGUGGACUCCCCCUGUGAGAUCAAACUCACCCCAUCCAGCCUGGACAGCGACUGUUUGCUCCUCACCCUCAAAGGAGAGAAAGAUCCUGACAAACUCCUGCACGUGCUCCAGAAGUCUGACUGGGAAAAGUUUGGAAUAGCAUCCCUUAAAAAGGAGAGCGGGAGGAGCCAGCAGGACCCUGCCAGGAGGACCCUGAUCGCCCUGGUGACAUCUGGGCUGCUGCUGGCCCUGCUGGGGCUGGCUGGCUAUUUCCUGAUGAAGAGGCGCAGCUGGAGCCCCGCCGGAGAGAGGCUGGCUGAAGACCCCUACUACACGGAGCACGGCAGCCAGGGGAACACCCUGCUGAUGACACCGUCCCAGGAGCCAGCAGAGCUGCAGGAGAAGCCCAACGUGCCCAGCCUGAACGGGGCCACCCAGGAGAACGGGACGGGCCAGGCGUCCUCCAAGAACGGCCACUCGGGCCGGCAGCACAGCCCCGCUGACACCGAGAUGUGACCGGCCCCGAGUCCCCAGGGCCACCACAGGGACAGGCAGGGUCAUUCCUGUGCACAGGCAGGGCACAUUUCUGUGCAUGGACACGCAGGGAAUUGCAGACACUCUGUAUUGUUGUUAUUGUCUCUGUGAAGAACUUUAAAAUCAGCCUAAAGCACACUGAGGGUCAGAGCUGCCAAAGAGCAGCUUCUCUGCCUCCUCCUCCUCCUUCUCCUCCCUCUGACCACACAGGACACUUUUUUGCAGCUGUUCUGUGCUUUUGUUGUUAGAAGAACAUCAGGACAAAUGCCAGUGCCCUUAGCCCUCCCCAGCUCUUCAGCAGAGCUGGACUCCAAGCAGCCCAGAUUUCUGGGAGCAAUAUGUUAGGCUGACUAAAGCAGUUAAAUUGGGAUUGCAGUGACAAAAGCCUCUCAGGUUUCAGAUAGUUUUGGUUAACAGAGUUGUUUAUAAUCUCAUCUUUAUGUUUAAGUGCAGGAUUUCUUCCUCUUGUGAGACCAUCAGGCAUUUAACCCCUUCCUGAGCUCUAGGGCUCCUUUACUCUUUCCUACUCCAGCAGAAUUUGCUGAAGCUCUGUGUAAAACUUCCCACAUGGAAUUGAAGGCUGAAAUGUCAGCUCAUUUCUCUUUGAAUCCUACCAGGACUGUGUCCUGAAGUUAUUUUUAGAGGAAAAAACCAUCCCCAGCCUCAUCCUGCCAGGGGCUGGGGGCUGUGGCAGGCAGAGCCAGCGAUUUAUCCCUGAGUGAGAUGGAGAGCACCGGGCAGGGCUGUGGGGCUCUGAGGGUGCCAGGGCUGGGACCCUCCCUGGGGCAGGAAUUUGGGUGUGAGAGGUGCCAGAGAGCUCCCAGAGGGAUGAGGGAGACAAAACUCUGCACUGGGGGUUCCUGUCUGCACCAGCAGCAGGGUCAGGAACAGAGCAGGGACAGGAACAGAGCAGGGACAGGAACAGAGCUGAGUUCUCAUUUUGGGCACCCAGCAGGGACAGGAACAGAGCUGGGUUCUCAUUUUGGGCACCCAGCAGGGACAGGAACAGAGCUGAGUUCUCAUUUUGGACACCCAGCAGCACGGACAGGAGCACCUCUGAGCCCUCUCUGUGCUCACCCUGCUCCUGAGGGAAGCUGCUGGAGCCACAGCAGGGGAACCAGGGACCCUGGGCAGGUUUGUUCCCCAUCCCAAGCACGUUUUAGGGAGCCAAAGCCCUGAUUGUGCCAGCCCCGUGCUGCUGGUGCCAGACAGGAGGGGUGGGGGCUCAACACGAGCACCAGCAGCGACCUCCACACCCAAAAUGAGCCCAAACCCGGCCCUUGAACUGCUCUACCUUCACGAGUGAAUUCAUCCCAACCUCCUCUCGGUGUUGAGGGGAAGGGUUUUUUUCUGGUACCGUGCUCAAAGCAAUGACAGCAGCAUCCAUCACCACCUGGGGCUGCUUUUUGUGGGUGCAAGAGUCGCUUAAACGCAAUUAAAACAUUCCAGGCUGUUUGCUUUGGUGUGAAUUGCUUCUCCCAGAUCUCCUUGUAAAUAAUCCCGGCUGGAAAAAGAAAAAUAAUGAAGUACUAAA